UGCUUACCACCAAAUAUGGCGUGAUGAUUACUCUCUCUAUCUCAAUUUAUAUGAUAUUUUUUAUUUUUGAGAUUGUAAAUUUUGAUUAACAUUUUCAAAUGUUUUUUUUAAUCAUAUUGACAUGAGACAAAUUGCAACUUAUAAUAUUUUGUGUAUAGUUUUUUAACAGUAUCUAAAUUUUAGUUUUAAAAUAUUGAGUUGAUCUAAUCCAAUUAACUCUCGAGAAACGAAAGUGUCAUGUAAAUUGGGAUGGAGGGAGUAUAUAUGAGUACACUUGUCACCUCUCCAUCUGUAGGGUUGAUGAUGCAGUCCCCGUACGUUUUUUUUUUUCACCGACCUUAAAUACGUGGGUACUAUUGAGGUUAUGAUUUAAAGAUGAUGAAGCGGAGAGUAAGUUGUAAUGGUUUUGAUCUAGUCUUGGUGAUGAAUUUGAUGCAGAUCAAUCACUAAACAGGAGUACUAGUCAUGAUGGAUACAAAUGAAUCAUCAUGUGUUCCACCCGGAUUUCGGUUUCAUCCAACGGAUGAAGAGCUUGUGGGAUACUACCUUAGAAAGAAAAUUGCAGCCCAAAAGAUUGAUCUUGAUGUUAUUAGAGACAUUGAUCUCUACAGAAUUGAGCCAUGGGAUCUUCAAGAAAAAUGCCGGAUCGGAUAUGAAGAGCAGAAUGAGUGGUAUUUCUUCAGCCACAAGGAUAAGAAGUAUCCAACAGGGACAAGAACCAAUAGGGCAACCAUGGCUGGGUUUUGGAAGGCUACUGGAAGAGACAAGGCUGUUUACGAUAAGUCGAAACUCAUAGGGAUGAGGAAAACACUCGUGUUUUAUAGAGGAAGGGCACCCAAUGGCCAGAAAACUGACUGGAUCAUGCAUGAAUAUCGACUUGAAUCCGAGGAGAAUAAUCCUCCACAGGCAAAAGGCUGGGUGGUUUGUCGAGCAUUUAAAAAGAGAAUAACCGGCCAAACAAAGACCAAUAUUGGAGAAGGAUGGGAAUCAAAUUAUCUUUAUGAUGAACCAAGUGGAGUCAGCUCCGUUUUGAGUCCUCUUGAUAAUAUUCCAAGACAACUUCCUCCUCAAAAUUUCAUGAGCCAGAAUUCACUAUGCAAGCAAGAGAUAGAACCCGGUAAUAAUAAUAACAACAAUCUCAUCUUUUUACAUUCAGAUCAAUUUGUUCAGCUUUCUCAGCUAGCAAGCCCCACCGUGCCACUCAUGAAAAGACCGAUAAGCUCCGUCUCACUGGCCUCGGAGAAUAACUGUGAAGAAGACGGGCGGAUUACGAAAAGGAGAAAGAUAAAUAAGAAUGUCAAUGAUAGAGUAACAGACUGGCGAGCCCUCGACAAGUUUGUUGCUUCUCAAUUAAGCCACGAUAGUCAUGAGAAAUCUUCUUAUGAUGAGGACGGAGUUUCAAGCUAUGAACCUCACAAUGGUUCGGAUUUGGGAAUGCUGCUUUUACAAAGUGGAAGGGAAGAAGAGCCUAAGUUGAUGACUUGAUGAGUUCAAGUUGUAACAGUGAUAUUGGCAUUUGCAUAUUUGAUAAAUGAGGAGAAAUAAAUGUCUUAGAAUAUUAAUUAUACAUAUAUAUGUAGUUUUGUAUAAACAUAUUGAUUGUGGGAUGAGCACUGAAAAGAAUUACUUAAUUAAUAUUCAUCCAUCCAAUAUUCUUAAUUUGAGUUGGAAAUUGAUAA